GUAGGGGGACACUCGCUCAAUUGUUGCAGGAAGUUGCGCAUGACGGCUAGCUAGGCACCAUGGCGCCUCUGGAUUUGGAUAAAUACGCAGAGAUUGCAAAACAGUGCAAAUACCUCCCAGAAAAUGACCUCAAGCCAAAAGCAUUUGGUGAUAUCCGGACGAGCUCGUAAAAGUCACCGUAAUUCUCACUGUCUGAGUGAACACUUGGGGUCCCUGGCCUGUCAGUACACCUGCAUUGACCUUUUUCAAAGAGGUUAUGUGACUAUGUGUGUGACCUUCUGCUGGAGGAGUCGAAUGUCCAGCCCGUGUCCACCCCUGUGACAGUCUGUGGGGACAUACAUGGACAGUUUUAUGACCUUUGUGAACUUUUCCGAACUGGCGGCCAGGUUCCUGACACAAAUUACAUAUUCAUGGGAGACUUUGUUGACCGAGGGUAUUACAGCCUUGAGACAUUCACCUACCUGCUGGUGCUGAAAGCCAAAUGGCCUGACCGCAUCACGCUUCUUCGUGGAAACCACGAGAGCCGACAGAUCACCCAGGUUUACGGCUUUUAUGAUGAGUGCCAAACCAAGUAUGGGAACGCAAAUGCCUGGCGUUAUUGUACCAAAGUGUUCGAUAUGCUAACUGUAGCAGCUCUGAUGGACGAGCAGAUACUGUGUGUCCAUGGGGGCCUCUCCCCAGACAUAAAAACCCUAGAUCAAAUCCGAACCAUUGAGAGGAACCAGGAGAUCCCCCACAAAGGAGCGUUUUGUGAUCUGGUGUGGUCGGACCCUGAGGACGUGGACACGUGGGCCAUCAGCCCCAGAGGAGCUGGCUGGCUCUUUGGUGCAAAGGUGACCAACGAGUUUGUCCAUAUAAACAACCUGAAGCUGAUCUGCAGGGCGCAUCAACUUGUCCACGAAGGCUUCAAGUUCAUGUUUGAUGAGAAGCUGGUCACGGUGUGGUCGGCUCCCAACUACUGCUAUCGCUGCGGCAACAUUGCCUCCAUUAUGGUCUUCAAAGACGCUAACACAAGAGAGCCCAAGCUCUUCAGAGCAGUGCCUGACUCUGAGAGGGUCAUUCCACCUCGAACCACCACUCCUUAUUUCCUGUAAGAACCCGACCAUCUGUUCAGUGCCGGGAUGCAAACUGAGAUCUCGGGAUCCGAUAGGAGCUUCGUCUUGUACAGUUAAAGAGUAUUAACAUUGCAUUUCUUGGUGCAAACUAUCAAUUGUUAUUUCCACUUCGGCAUUUAAUGUCGUUAUUCUGCAGCUUUUGCCACAGUGAGAUAUUGCGGUAAAAGCUCCGCAGUGCCCUGCAUUGUUGUAGAGAAAGUGACACACAAAUGUUCAUAUUUAUAAAUCUGGAUUUUACUUUAUAGAGAUUCCCUCUGCUCAGCAAAUUGCAAGUGCAGUGUUAUAUAUUUUUUGUUAUGUAUUAAACAAUAUCAAAACAAUUUCAUCCAUUCUGACAAAUGACAGGCAACAUACAGGCACACUUACUGUUACAGUGGUAUGAAAAAGUUUGGGCAUCCCUGAUCAUUUUCAAGAUUUUCCUUUAUGUAUCAUUGGUUGUUUGGAACAGCAUUUUGAAAUAUAUCAUACUAUUUAAGUAAUUAUUGCACUUUCUGUAAAUCCUAUGAACUUCAUUUCACUUGAAUAUCACAGUUUGUCUGCUAUAUGAUAUAUUUAAUUGAAAUUGCUGUUCCGAACAACCAAUGAUGCAUGGAAAAUCUUGAAAAUGAUCAGGUGUCCCCAAACUUUUCCAUACCACAGUAUGUGAUCUUAAAAAAUUAACAUGAGUUGAUGUGUAAAAUUUGACUAUCGAUCUGUUAGAUAUUUCCAUAGUCUUAAGCCCGUGGAACCUACAUUUUUCUGUGAUUCACAGAUUUUGUGUCUGUUUUAUGAUCAGUAUUCUUUUCCUGUGUCCCCAUAACGUUUUUAAAUAAAGCAAAUUCUUAAAAUGUGAA